AUGGCUUCCCAAGAUGUCUAUAUGGUUCUGGAGAUUUUGGUGGGCCUGGCCUGUUGCCUGGGCAACCUGUUGGUGGUCUGGGCGGUGUGGAGGAACCGCUCCCUCCGGAAGCCCACCUUCUGCUUCGUGGUGUCGCUGGCGGCGGCGGACUUCCUGGUGGGCGCGGUGGCCAUCCCGCUGGCCAUCCUGGUGAACAGGAAGGUGACCUCCUUCUACGGCUGCCUCUUCUGCACCUGCGUCAUGCUGGUUCUGACCCAGAGCUCCAUCCUGUCCCUGCUGGCCAUCGCCACGUACCGCUACCUGUGCGUCCACAUUCCUCUCAGGUGA